UUACUAAAAGACGCCAACACCAUUGGCGUCUUUGUUCAGAAGCAUAUAAUAGCAGCAGACAGUCGCGAAAAAUUAACCUCACAUACCCACUUCGCGAUUUUCUCUAGCAGCGGCCAAAUCCUUCGCAAAUUCGUCCGUGUCUUUGUGAUUUCGCCCUCCAUUCAUCAAUCGGUGCUAGUUUUCCCCAAAUUCGUCCAAUUUAUUCGGUGAUUUAUGGCAUCUUCUUCAACUUCUCGUCGUCGGCUCUUAUGUGGUCCUGAGGACCCCUCCGUAUUAUAUCUGCAGAGACAACACGUCUCUAAUAACAUAUGGGCAGGAGUGCCAUCGGAAGACGUACGGUGUAGAAGAUACGAAGGAAUCAUAUGGGAUGUUCCCAUAAAUCCUCGUGUUUUGGCGGUUAUAGAUGAGAUGGGGUUCGGCGGGAUGUUGAGGUGUGGUCAACCGAAAGACAUUGACCACCAUCUUAUCACCGCUUUGAUUGAACGUUGGAGGCCAGAGACUCACACGUUUCACUUUCCAGUUGGUGAAGCGACUGUGAGCUUAGAGGACGUGGAGGUCUUAUGGGGCCUCAAAACUGACGGUGAGCCUCUGACGGGUUACAUCCCCAGUAAGGAUGUCAACUAUUGGAAGGAUGUUUGUUUGGAUUUUCUUGGCUUUAUUCCAGAUGCAGUUGAUCUAAAAGAAUUGAACUGGAAGCAGACAAGCUAAUCAAAUCA